GAUGUAAAGGCAGGAUCGGGUCCCACCCACAGAGACACACCGCCCUCCACUUCCUCAUUCAGUCCAAACUCACGAGCUCCAAUCAGCGCAUCACACACAUCCCAGUGUCAGAGAUGAGUUACCCCGGAUACCCUCCUGCAGGUGGAAGUUACCCUCCCGCCUCCGGCCCGUAUCAGCAGGCCCCAGGCGGAUACCCGCCCCAACCGGGAGCCUAUCCACCCCAGGGCGGAUACUACCCUCCUCAGCCUGGAGCGUAUCCCCCCGGAGCAGGAUACCCACCCCAGGCCGGCGGUUACCCAGCAGCCCCAGGAGGAGGCUUUCCGCCACAGGCAGGAGGUUACCCCGCCGCCCAACCCGGGACCUACCCCAACAUGCCCCCUGCAGGCCAGUCCGGUGGGUGGGGCGGCCAACCCGGCUUUGGAGCUCCGGGUGGAGGAAUGCCUCAGGGGUACCCCGGGGUCCCAGCGCCGGGACAGCAGCCCAUGCCAGCGUUCCCAGGUGCCCCGAACCCGUCAAUGCCCGGGUAUGGAGGGGGCGUCCCAACCGGACCGACACCACCGGCCGCUCCUGCUGUCAAUAAGGGUUACCGCGGAACCAUCAAGGACUUUCCUGGCGCCGAUCCUCUCAGAGACGUCGAGGUGUUACGGAAAGCCAUGAAGGGCUUCGGAACUGAUGAAAACGCCAUUAUCGAGCUUCUCGGCACUCGAUCCAAUAAGCAGCGUGUGCCGUUGAAGGCGGCGUAUAAAACCACUUACGGCAAGGAUCUGGUUAGCGACCUGAAGUCAGAGGUGAAAGGAGACUUUGAAGAUUUGGUGCUGGCCAUGCUGAAGGCUCCUGCGCACUUUGAUGCCUCUGAACUCAAGGAGGCCAUAUCGGGUGCAGGAACCGAUGAGGCCUGUCUCAUAGAGAUUCUGUCCUCUCGUAGUAAUGCUGAGAUUCUGGAGAUUAAUAAGGUGUAUAAGGCAGAGUACGGUAAAUCUCUGGAGGAUGCCAUCAGCAGCGACACGUCUGGACACUUCCGCCGGCUGCUCGUCUCUCUGUCUCAGGGUAAUCGAGAUGAGAAAGAGACUGUGGACAUUUCUCUGGCCAAACAGGAAGCUCAGAAACUCCACGCUGCAGGAGAGAAUAAAGUCGGCACGGACGAGUCUCAGUUUAAUGCGAUUCUGUGCGCUCGCAGUAAACCUCAUCUGAGACAAGUGUUUCAUGAGUACCAGCAGAUGUGCGGCAAAGACAUUGAGAAGAGCAUCUGCAGUGAGAUGUCUGGAAACGUGGAGUCUGGAAUGGUGGCAGUGGUGAAGUGCAUUAAAAACACUGCUGCAUACUUUGCUGAACGUCUCCACAAAGCCAUGCAGGGUGUGGGAACCAAAGACAGGACUCUGAUCCGCAUCAUGGUGUCCCGCUCUGAGGUGGACAUGCUGGAUAUCAGACAGGAGUAUCUGCGUCAGUACGGGAAGUCGCUCUACACUGCCAUCUCUGGUGACACGACUGGCGAUUACAAGAAACUGCUCCUGAAGCUGUGUGGAGGAAGUGACUGAAGAACCAGGAAGUCAGACGCGUUACCAUGACGACUGGAUAUGUGACGUCAUAUUAAUCACGCUCGUAUAUCAAUAUGUCAGAUAAUCUCACUAGUGUCAUGUUAACUAAUGCUGUAAUCUCUCUCUUCACAUCUUUAUUAUGUUCACAGCCAAAAAUAACAUUUCAUUUGUGCCUUAGAGACAUUAUUAUCCUAAUGCAUGUUAUCAUUUCUUUUAUUUUGCUAUCCGUUCAGACUAUGCAUGAUAUCUAGAGAAUCAAUAUUUUGUACAGUGUCUUCAGUACCUGAUGCCAAAUCUGUGCUGUCGCUCGCAUCCAAAACUACAAACGACUGAGUCUCUUGAAGUACUGAAAUAUAUGCCAUAGUUUUUAUAUAGUGAGCUUUAUGAUCUCUAUGCAAGAAGAAUAUAGAAUUAUGUCAAUCAUCAUGAAGGUCUUGAUGGGUCAGUCUCAUGAAAACGUGUCAAAUUUCACCCCGAAAUCAAAACAAAACAAGAAAUGAGCUUUGCUUAAAGAAAGUCAAGCCUGUUUUAGGAACACUGAGAUCUGUUUGCAUUAUCACACUUUUUUCGUGCCAUUUUUUUUGCUUAAUUUCCUGAAAUGCGUCAUUUAUGUGUUUCUUUUCACACAUUU